CUGGGUGGAUUCUUCUGAUAGAAGUCGUUUGCCUUUCAGCAGGGCAGGUUUCUUUCUUGAUCAGUGUUCACCAUACAAAAACGGGAAUCCUGUUAGAGAGACGGUCGAUCUUGAGGAAUCUUGUCCGAAAUGGAUCCAUUUACAGAGAAACUUCUGGAGCGCACCCGUGCGCGGCGUGAGAAUUUGCAGAAGAAGAUGGCUGACAGGCCCACGGCCGCCAACCGGCAAAUGGCAAAGAGGAGUCGAGAGCCCCUGGCCGAGAAUAACAGCCUGAUCUGCGAGCCCCCUGUUGAAAAGGUUCCAGUGACCCCUGCCGCGAAGCCUUCGCCCUCCAAACGGCGCUGCUCAGAUGAGAAUGCCCUCAACGUGGCCGAAAAUGUCCACCGCACACACGCAAACGCUCCUCCAACCACAGACCCUGUCGUCGACAGGAAGCCUCCCAUCGCCCCCACUAGCGUGUCUCCAGCCUUCUCCUCGGCCAAGGAGAGACUGGCCCCCACUCCUACACCCACCCGUGGGGAGCCCGAGCCCCUGGUCGCAGCCCCCCAGCCGGCCCCUGAGCCGGAGAGAGUGGCCAUGCGGCCCCAAGAGGAGGCCCCCAGGGGCCAGGACGUGGAGAUGAAGCCCACAGCGCCCCUGCUGGAGAGGGAGAGGCAGAACGUGCUGGACAGUACUGGCCCAGCUACAUCCGGUAUGAGAGCCCGACUGCAGAGACUGGCCGCCCAGAGGACCAACUGGGAUGGCGAGGGUUCGUCUGAUGCGGUGGUCAUGGACGCAUCGCCCCACAAGGCCCAGCGUUAUGACGUGCCCCCUGACCCAGCACCCCCGGCCUCUGGCACCCCCGUGGGCAGAAAGGGGCGCUUGGCCAACCUGGCCGCCACCAUCGGGUCGUGGGAGGACGAUCUGAGCCACGCUUCGGGACACAGAGACAAUGCACAAGGGGCACCAGCGAAGCCUGGCACUGGCUCUGGCUCUGGGACUGGUUCCAGCGGUGCCCGCUGCGCCCCGCCCGCCAGCUCCGUGGCUCAGCAUGGCACAGCUGCCAGCAAGCAAACCCCCACAGCACGCCAGCCUCCCGUGUACUCUCCGGUGAAGUCCAACCGUGUGGUGUUGCCGAGCGUCCAGCGCACUGAGGCUCCGGAGCCCCGUCCUGCCCAGCCCACGUCCCGCGGUCUCCCCUCUCCCGCCUCCAGCCCCCAGAAGACCCCGCUCUCCAGGGGAGCCGUCCCAUCCAGCCCCCAGAAAACGCUCUCGUCCCUGGGCUCCACAGCUGCCCGAAGCCCCCUUAAGUCCCAGGGCUUGUCCAGGGAGCUGGACGGAGGAAAGGGAUUGAUUGGUGCCAGUCCUCAGAAGCCAGGCUUGCCCUCCAAACCCGCCGCUGCAGCUGGAGCUGGAGCUACUGCUGAUGCCUCCCAGGCCCAUGCCAGGGAGAGGGGCACCCGAGAUGCCACCCCUGCCCAGCCCAAGGGCACCGCAGGAACACCAGGAGUGAAGUCCUUCCUGGAGCGCUUUGGUGAGCGGUGCCAGGACCGGAACACUAAGAGCUCUCCGUCUGUUGCCAAGGGGAACCCCAACCCCAGCACCCCCACUGCUACCCCCACCGCCACCCCCACAUCACGCCUGGUCCAGGAGAGGCUCAACAAGAUCCAGGGCUCCACCACCUGCGCUGAUCUAACCCAGAAGCAGAAGAUGGAGCGAGAGAUGGAGCUGGCACAAAUACGCAGCCGGUUUCAGAAGGGCAACACACCGGCGAACAAAGCCGAAGGAGUCAAGGAGAAGGUUGAUCCCCAGCUGAAGGAGAGAGAGGUCAGCGAUGAGCAUUUGGUGCCCUCUAGUGGUGAUUUGAGCACAACCACUGAGGCCAGAACAGCAGAAACCCACACAAAGCCCCCCGCCACUUUAACCCUUAGCCCACUGAAGAAAGUAGAUGUGUCAGCUGAGAAGACGGCACAAGAGUUGAAGGAAGUUGAGAAAUAUGGUGCAGAGAGACGUCAGGAAGUGAGAGGUGAGGAAGAGGAAGAGGAAGAACAGAAGGACGAAGAGGAAGUGACCGAGAAGGAAAUGAACGUGGACGGCUCCGUCAACUCAGCGGUGAUAAACGAGCUGUUUGAUGGAGUCCUGGAGGACAGCAACGAGCUGAGCGCUGAUGAAGAUGAUGAUGAUGACGAGGGUGGGCUGAACAUCUCGUCCAUGUCUCUGCUGACCCCUCUGGCGGAGACCGUGGCUGCAGUGGUCAAGAGCCCAGAGAGGAAAUUCAUACUGGACGUGUCUGUGUUUCUGUCCGAGGGGAGGUCGUCCUCUGAGCCCGUGCUCCUGGGUUCUGGUGGCUACUGGCCCACGUCGACCCCCGCCAGCUCCUUCCUGGAGAAGAGCGGAACCCCAGACAGCUCCUCCAGACUCAGCAGGUUCCAGAAGGCCCGCGUGCUGAAGGCCGGUUCCUCAGACAGCCUGGAGGACGCAGAUGGCGAGCAGAACCUGCUUUACAGUAUUGACGCCUACAGGUCGACUCGUGUGAAGACUGAGACGGAGAGGCCGCACGUGAAGCAGGUGAUCGUCAGGAAGGAGGAUGUAUCCCAGAGGGCCGAGCAGCUGCAGGCUCGUGCCUCCAGCCAUGUCAGCAUCAAGCAGAGGAUGAAGGAGCUGACAAACGAGAUGAACCUCCAGCAGACCGUGAUCCACCAGGCCAGCCAGGCGCUCAACUGCUGCACAGACGAGGAGCACGGCAAGGGCCAUCAAGUGGAGGCCGAGGCAGAGAGACUGCUGCUCAUCGCCACUGAGCGUCGUGUGGCCCUGAAAGCGGAGCUGGACCGUGUGAAGGCGGAGGGCCCAGGGGCGGAGCGGGGGGCUGCGGGGUCGUCUGAUGGGGCCUCGGCCUCUAAAGGUUCCAUCAGCCUGCUGGAGCUGAGACUGCCCCUCAAGGCCGACUUCGUCUGCUCCACCGCCAACCGACCUGAGUCGAGCAGCCAUUACUUCUUUGUGAUGAUCCGCUCUGGAGCAGAGAACACAGUGGCCACGCCCCUGGCCAGCACCCGCAAUGCAAUCAGUGGAGACGCCCUCACCUUCUCCACCAAGUUCACACUGCCUGAAGUGUCCAAUGACUUUGAGAUUGACAUUGAAGUGUACUACCUGGUCCAGAAGAGAGAGCUCAACACAGACAAGAGGAAAAAGCCCAACAAGUCAAAGGCUAUCACUCCCAAACGCUUCCUAUCAAAGAGUACUCUGCAGACUCCAGCGAUGGCCAGCCCUGGAGGCCCUAACGCAGUGCGCACCAGCAACUUCGUCCUGGUCGGCUCGCACAAGCUAACGCUCGCUUCCAUUGGGAAGAACAAAUUCCCUCUGGAAAAGGUGCCUUUCCUAUGUCCAUUGGAAGGACACAUCUACUUGAAGAUGCAGUGUGAGGUCGGCUCGCGGGUGGAAGAGAGGGGCUUCCUGACGAUGUUUGAGGAUGUGAGUGGGUUCGGAGCGUGGCACCGGCGAUGGUGCGUGCUCUCCGGGUACUGCAUCUCCUACUGGACCUACCCUGACGACGAGAAACGCAAGAAUCCGAUUGGGCGGAUCAAUCUUGCGAAUUGCACGAGCCGCCGGGUAGAACCAGCGAACCGUGAGUUCUGUGCGCGGCCCAACACGUUUGAGCUGAUCACGGUGCGGCCGCAGAGAGACGACGACAGGGAAACCCUCGUCAGCCAGUGCCACAACACCAUGUGUGUCACAAAGAACUGGCUGAGUGCAGACACUAAGGAUGAGAGGAAUCUCUGGAUGCAGAAGCUCAACCAGAUCCUAGUGGAUCUGCGUACAUGGCAGCCAGACUCCUGCUACAGGCCUUCGUAAGCACACCCCCUAUUGACUGGGAGGACCAACAGCACGGUGGUGGUCUUGUCAUCCCAGCCACCUACUUCAGGGACAGUCAGGGGACAUGUGCAAUACAAACACAAAUAACAAGCAACUUGGUUGUGUGUUUCAGAGAGUCUUUUUAAGUAAAUGACAAUGAGAGAGAAGUCAUCAAUAAAGCCAUAUUCACUGCCCUGGAUUUGUACAGGCAUUUCAACUGGAGACAGGGCAGGAGAUCUGUCCCCUCAGUUGUUUUUUCUCAUCAGUCUGGGGAACAUAGUGUUGUUCUCUAAUCCAUUUUCCAUUGAAUUUGUCACAGGACAUUGCAUUCUGUGUGUUUUCCGUGUGCCAUCCCAGUUAUUGGGAUAGAUCAAAUAUUCAUUCUGGCUUAUUGAUUGAGUAUGACGAUGUCCUUGUUUCAGGUUGUUUUUUUUGUUUGUUUUGUAAUGUUUUUUUUAUCCUUUUUUAUGGGUAUGGAUGGAUAGAAUUGAUAGGUUGUCAGUCUAUUCGUUUUCUGUAGCUUGUGCUAUAGAACAGCGUUCAUAUCCAAUUGCUGGGUUUAAUCCACAGCAAAAAAUGAUUUAUAAUUUACUUUUAACACUGUUUUUUUUUUUACAUUUUAUCCAUUUCUGCAAAAUACAUAUAACACCACAGCUGUACCCUAUUUACUAAGAUGGUAUUUAUCAUGCAAUGCACCGAUAGAACAUUCUAAGCUGAUUUUCUACAAUAACUACUACCACUGCUGUUGUCACCAGAAACACAUUUUACGUUGUUUUUAUGUACAUGUUUGUCUGUCUGUGUGUAUAUGGUUAUAAAUUCUAGAUCCAAAUGGUUGUUGCUUUUUACUAUCAGUCAGAGCUCUAAACCGAAUAUAAUAGGCUAUAAUAUGCUCCGUUUUAACCUCCACAGUCUGGGUGACUAGGCCUCGGUCUGAUGCUUUCUGAAUGAUGGUCUAUGUGGGAGAUUUCCCUUUAUCUAAGUGUUUACAUUAAUCUGUGCAAAGUGCACUUUGCUUUGCAGCAACGUCUUUAUAUGAAUGAGCAUGUGCGAGAAUAUUUUUUUAAAGGAUUGUUUGGGCUUUUUUUUUAGGCUGUCUUGUAUCUCCUCCGUCACAGCGCAGUAGUUCACUCUGAAAGGAGCUAGCCCAGUUUAAGGGCUGACCUGUGCUAGAUUCAGGUCUAAUCUGGUUGGAGGUCAGCUGUGUCUGGGGAGGGAUAUGGAGUCACUGCCCACCUCUAAGCAUAAACACAUGCCUUAAAAUGUUGGUGUGGAAGCACUCCUCCUAAUCCAGGAUGAUGUUACUUGUGUGAAGAAAAUGAAAAGAAAUAAAUACCAACCUUGA